AGGAUUCAGGUGUAUAUUUGUCCGGACGGGGUUUAUUUUUACUGUUUCUUGUCUGGGUUUCACUUUUCAUUGAUUGUUUCUACCCUUUGUUGUAUUAAAAUUCCAUCUCUUUAUCUUCAUUUGUUAUAUAUUUUGCUUUUUCUUCUCCAUUUUCCACUCCUAGGCACCAAGACUUUUCUGGGUCCAUUUUCUUUCUCUGAUUUCUUCCUACUUUUACUCGUUCCUCGUUCAAAAUUCAGUUUUUCUCCUUGGGUUCAUAAGUUAAAUGUGAAGUAAAGGUUGCAACUUGAUAGAACAAAUUUGAGGGUAACAGGAAAAUUUUUUGAUUUUGAUAAAAACUUAGACAUGAAGUGUUUUUCUAUCUUCAUCAAGGACAAAUCAAAGAAGAAAAGAGAAUCAAGAACUGCUCCUGAACUGAGAAACCAAAGUAAAUCGGAUAAUUCAGCCCUGAGUCAGACUCGGACAUCAUCAAGGUCUUUGCCAUCUCCAAGGAGCAUACCAGAGCUGUACAAAGAAAAAGAGCAUAAUUUGAGAGUUUUCUCUUUACAAGAGUUGAGGGAUGCCACACAUGGUUUCAACAAGUUGUUAAAGAUCGGUGAGGGUGGUUUUGGGGGUGUUUAUAAGGGAAGUAUUACUCCUCCAAAUGGUCGAGGUGACCCUAUAGUUGUUGCUAUCAAGAAGCUCAACACCCAGGGUUUACAGGGUCAUAAGGAAUGGCUUGCGGAGGUUCAAUUUCUCGGAGUCGUUAACCAUCCAAACUUGGUAAAACUUUUAGGAUAUUGUUCGAUAGACGGAGAAAGAGGGAUUCAUAGGUUGCUGGUGUACGAAUACAUGCCUAACCGGAGCUUAGAAGAUCAUCUUUUUAAGAGGACACCAACUUUACCUUGGAAAACAAGGUUAGAGAUUAUGCUUGGUGCAGCACAAGGCUUGGCUUAUCUACAUGAGGGAUUGGAAGUCAAGGUGAUAUAUCGAGAUUUCAAGUCCUCAAAUGUGCUCUUGGAUGAAAGUUUUAAGCCAAAGCUCUCAGACUUUGGGCUUGCAAGGGAAGGGCCAACGGGUGAUCGUACUCACGUAUCCACUGCGGUGGUCGGAACAUACGGAUAUGCUGCCCCAGAAUAUGUGAAAACAGGCCAUCUCACAAUUCAAAGUGAUAUAUGGACUUUUGGGGUGGUACUUUAUGAGAUCCUCACAGGGAGGCGAGCAGUGGAAAGGAACCGGCCAGCAUUGGAGCAGAAGCUGUUAGAUUGGGUGAAAGAGUUCCCUCCUGAUAGUAAAAAGUUCAGGUUGCUAAUGGACCCUCGACUUGGUAACAGUUACUCUUUGAGUGCAGCGCAAAAGGUAGGAAAGUUGGCUAAUAGCUGCCUAAACAAAAAUGCCAAGGAAAGACCAACAAUGAGCGAAGUGGUAGAGAGCUUGAAGCAAGCAAUACAAGAACCAGGAGGAAGCUCUUCAGCCAACAAGGCUCCUCCUCUUACACCCUCAUCGAGAAACGGGGGGAAAUAAACAUACUUCUGAUCUGAUGUUUUAGCAGAUAACCAAUUAAGAAAGCAUAUAUUAGCGACUAAGAUGUCUUUUGCUUUUGUUUCACUGGUUUGAACUAUGAAUCCGUGGAUAUUUCACUGUGAAUGAGAGCCCUUUUCUUCAUUGAGGUAUUGACCAUUUGAAGAAAUUUUUUAGCAUAA